AUGACUGAAAAGGAAGAAAAUAAAAAAACCAAUAACAAUAUAAAUUUAUUCCUAUCAUAUCGUUUCGUACAUAUAAAUAAUAAUAAUUAUUUAAAUACUCUUAUCUUAGAAUUGAAUAAAAUAAAGAAAGUAGUACUUCAUCAAACCAAACAAAGCAGAAUGAAGAAAUUUAAAAAGACAUUUGCUAUAACAAAACAAAAUGUUUUGGAAAAGACAUCAAGCAGAGAGAACACUCUGGAACCUGAACAAAUGAAAGAGUUGGAAAAACAAGUACAAGAAUCAAGAUUUUAUUUAAGAAAACUUACAAAGGCAAUUGAGAAGGAAACAGUUAGUACUGGUGUCAGUAUUCAAGAUGGUACAGAGUUGGCAGACAGUUUCAUUGACUAUAGUGUCCAUGUAAGAGAUAACUAUCAGGAUCUAGUGAUUCUCUCUGGUAUUCUCUCAAAGAUUGGUGAGUUUCAAGCUGGCUUCGAAGAUCUCAAGGCAAAGUUGAAUUCAUCGUUGGUCAACGAUGUCAGUGAUCCACUUAAAAAGAUGGUUAAAACAGAGUUGAAACAAGCUCAAGAAUCAAAAAGAGAAUAUGAUAAAGUUAGAGUUGCUUACGAUGCAUCGCUAUCGGAUUUGAACAAUCUAAAGAAGAAUAAGAGUGUAAAACCAACAAAGAUCACAGAACAAGAACAGGAAUGCGAUACGCUGAAAAAGGAUUUCGAGUUGAUCGGCAUCGAUACUUCAACACAGUUGAACGACACCAAUAUCAUUGCAGAGUUUGAGACUGUCGAGAAGCUGUGUGACUAUCUCGAUACCUAUCACACCUUCUUCCAGAAAGGAUACAGAUGGCUCGCCCAGAUGAUACCGGAUAUCUACGAGUAUCGACUCUACGUCGAGAAGCGAAAGGCAGAACUCGAGAAAUCAAAGGUGCGUAUGUCGAUGUUGUUGUCGCCAGCCAAAUCGGGCGAUGCUCUCAAACAAAAGGUGUUUGGCGAGGAUCUCUCUGUGUUGAUCACUCGCGACCAAACUAGCAUCCCGAUCUUUGUGGCCAAGGCAUUCCAGGUGAUUAGAGGACGCAUCGAGGAGGAGGGACUCUUCCGUAUGUCCGGACCAAAGAAGGAGGUCGUCGAAUACAAGUUGAUGAUCGACGACGGCAAAGACUAUAACUUGGCAAACACAUUCGAUGUGCACGUCGUUUGCAAUCUCGUUAAGCUGUUCCUCCGUGAGUUGCAGCCAGAACCGCUUCUCACCUACAGUCGCUACAACGAGUUCAUCGAUGUGUGCAACAUCGAGUCGCCCGACGAGCGUAUCAACAAGGUCAGCCGAAUCAUCCAUUCGCUACCGAAACACAAUUUCAAUCUGCUGCAUCAUCUCAUUCAUCUGUUGAAUCAAAUCUCACUGAAUCCCAAGAACAAGAUGGGACCUGCCAAUUUGGCAACCGUUGUUGGUCCCAACAUUCUGGUGUCGCAGACCGACAUCGUCGUCGAGGAUAUAGCACUUGGAAACAUGGUGAUCACAACGAUCAUUCAAAACUUUGAAAAGAUUUUCGGUGGACCACCCGUUUUCGAGCCGAUCCCCGUAACCAACAAACUGAGCACCUCUGCAUCCUCCAGCAACAUGACCAAAUCACCAUCGUUCAACAACAAUCAUCCAUCACCAGCAGCAAAGAAAGCACCACCCGUCAGUCCAAGGAACUACGAUGAAGAUUCCACUUCACCCGCAGUAUAUCAAGGUCAUAUGAUGAGAAAUAGAAAUCUGACGUCAUCUGGAUCCACUCUAGGCGAUAGUUUUGAUGAAGGUGAUGCUGUAGAAUUAACUGAUGAUGAAUAG